AUGGAGGAGUUUAACCAUUCCAGGGUAUCUGAAUUUGUGUUACUCGGACUUACUGAUUCCUCUGAGUUCCAGAUCUUCUUCUUUGUGGUGUUUUCCAUUUUCUAUUUAAUGACUAUGUUGGGAAACUGCCUGAUAUUUCUCACCAUCCUAUCCACCUCACACCUCCACUCCCCCAUGUACUUCCUGCUCAGCAACCUGUCUCUCAUUGACAUGUGCCUGUCCUCCUUUGCCACGCCAAAGAUGAUCACGGACUUCUUUGCUCAGCGUAAGACCAUCUCUUUUGAGGGCUGCAUUUCUCAGCUUUUUUUUUNUUUUUUUUUGCACCUUUUCACUGGGACCGAGAUUGUACUGCUGAUCUCCAUGUCUUUUGACAGGUAUACUGCCAUAUGUAAACCUCUCCAUUAUUCAACAAUUAUGAGCCCCAGGUUGUGUGUUGGGCUCGUGGUAACUUCUUGGACAGUGGGAUUCCUGCAUACAAUGAGCCAGUUAGCUUUUACCCUCUACUUGCCCUUCUGUGGUCCCAACGUUGUAGACAGUUUCUUCUGUGACCUUCCAUUGGUCAUCCAGCUGGCUUGUAUAGAUAUAUAUGUUCUUGGGAUCUUCAUGAUCUCAACCAGUGGUGUGAUUGCUCUUAUAAGUCUUCUGCUUUUGUUCACCUCCUACGUCAUUGUUCUUAUCACGCUCAGGGGCCACUCCCCCACAGGAUCGUCUAAGGCUCUUUCUACCUGUACUGCACAUUUCAUAGUUGUGUUAAUGUUCUUUGGGCCGUGCAUCGUCAUUUAUGUGUGGCCUUUCACAAACUUCCUGGUGGACAAAAUUCUCUCCGUUUUCUAUACCAUCUUCACCCCUUUUCUGAAUCCACUUGUCUAUACUUUGAGAAACGAGGAAAUGAAAAAUGCAGUGAAAAAAAAGAUUUCA